UAUGCUUUCUCAAUGAUCAAAUCCUCUAUUAACUCACAACUUAAAAAACAACAUGGCUGCCUAUGAGGGAAGACCAUUGGUGAUGGAAAUGGAAAUGGAAAGCAAACAAGAUUUCGAAGAGACAAACGGGUAUGGAUGCGGGUGCGGAUGGUCACGGAUAUUCACCUCGAAAUGGUGGCAACGCCACGACGAAGAAGGUAAACAUCUACUUAAUGAAAAGAGUGAAGGAAAUAGAGGAGAAGAGACAUGGAUGAUGGACAAGUUGAAGAAGAUGAAGGAGACUUCAGAAGUGAUUGCUGGUCCUAAGUGGAAAACGUUUCUUAGAAAAAUAAGUGGGUAUGGGAAAAAACAACAAAAGCAUAGGUUUCAAUAUGAUGCACAUAGUUAUGCUCUUAAUUUUAAUAGUGGGGCUCAAAGUGAAGAUGAAGAAUAUUUGCCUCCAAGUUUUUCUACCAGGUUUUCUAAUCCUUAUCCAGAUGCACGUCGCCAGAAUGAAACAUGAUAUAUAUGUAAUGUUCUUGUAUUUACAAAGAUUUUAAUUUAAUUGAUUACCUACAUUUGUUAUAUAA